AUGGUCAAUGUUGUCUGCCAUGAUUAUAAGUGUAUUAAUAAGUAUGUGUGUUGUACUAUGUGAAGGUUAAUGAAUGUUUCACGUCAUCACAUUAAUUUAGUGUUUAUGCAAUUAAUAAGUGAAUUUUUGUUAAAAUAUGUUGUACACGUGACGUCGAGUGGAUAGUUGGUGUGUGCGUAUUUUAAGCAGUGAGUUUAACGGUAAACAUCAACGUGUAAAAUGGCGUGGUUCGGUGACAGUCUUUCUGGAUUAUCUCAAUUAAAAGGCCAAAUUACGAACUUUACGAAGGAGGUACUUUCCGAAGGGAUCGUCAAAGAAAUUGAUGAUCAAACGUUGCAAUUGAAAGAAGCGAACGAACGUUGCAUAAAACUGCAAGAGUUAUUGGACACGAAGGAUGCCGAAAUAUCUAUGUUGCGCCGACAAAAUUGCGAGCUGCAAAAAAUUGUCGUCGAGUUGGACACCAAAACGAAAGAAUCGAACGAGAAUCAAGAUGAAGAAGGUGAAGUUUUCUUCUGGGAUCCACCGUCGGUUAAAAAUCGUAACUCGAAAUAUCAAAAUCAUAGUAGACAAUUGCAAGAACAAUUGGCUCAAGCCACCAUGAAAAUACGGGAAUUGGAAGCUGAACUUAAACGAACUCAAAAGGCUAACAAUAAUGGGAAUAUAAUGGACGAACUUCCUGAUGGUCAUCAUCAAAAGGCAGAAUAUUUGCGUGCCAAACAAGAUAUGGUCAAUAGAAUCGUACGAAUGGAAGAAAAGAAUCGCGAGGUCGAAAGAAACGUAAAACGAAUGCAGGAAGACGAAAUAGCACUGGUAAACGAUUUCAAUACAGUCAUAUCGAAGUUGGAUUAUCAGGAAAAGGUCAAACUGUUUCGCGAAGUUCUGAGAAAUUUGGAAAAUGAUAAACAAAAGUCAUCUUUAAUUGACAAGGAAAAAAUGUACGAUUCCAUUGAGAAACUCGAUAAAAGCAGUGAAAAUAAUCUAUCGGAAAAUUUGAAAUUGGAUUCGCAGGAAAGUUCUAUGAGUAAUAAUAAUAGGGAAGCUGAAUUGUCUACAAAAAUACUCGAAUUGCAAAACGAAAAUAAAAAUCUUAAUAACAGUAUGGAAGAACUUGAUCGACAACACGCGGAAUUUAUUGAAGAAUUGUUAACGUUGAAAAAAGAAAACGAGAAGAAACAUCAGUGUCUACAGAAUGCAUACGAACAAUUAUAUGUGGAACACAAUCUGGCUGAAGGUAAAGUCUUGGAAUUGCAGAAUAAACUUAGUACGAUUGAAAGAAAUAAAUGUCAUUUGGAAAAAGUGGAGAAAAAUAUUCAAACGGAAGAGGAGGAGGAGGAGAAGGAUAGAAGAAAAAAUGAAAAAACAAUAAAUGACAAUGGUGGGGAUGAUGAUGGUGGCGGUAAUUCGUUGUACAAAUUGGAACAAAAAGUAAAAGAUAUCUUGAAAAAUUCGUGCAUAGAAACUAACGAUUCCAACGAGUCGAUUUUCGAGACUGUCGCAAAAAGAUACGUCGAGGCAAACUGGAAGAAGGACGUUUUAGAAAGGAAGGUAACUGAGAUUACGCGAAAUCUAAAGGAGAGCACCGAAAUGAGGGACAAUUUGCAACUGGAAUGCGACGACAUGCAGGCGCACAUAGAUUCGUUGCUUUUAGAUAUUCAACAUUUGAAAUUAAAUUUGCCAUCCAUUCCUGAAGCUAGCGAGGAACGCGUGGCAUCCUUGGAAACUGAAACUGAAUCCUUGCAGGAGGAGGUUAAACAAUUACGCCAAGAGAAUGAUAAAUUGAGAAGCUUAAAUGUUACAGAAUCUGUACCGACAUUCGAGAACGGUUUGAUGAUCAAUUCAAACGAAAAUUUAUUCGAUGAAAUAAAAAUUCACGCCACGGUUAACAAUGAUUAUUGUAAUAUUUUUCAAAAUGAGGAAGACUCUGUCGAAGAUUUGAAACGUAGAUUGUUAGAGUUCUCUAACGAAACUAGCGAAUUGAGAACGUCUUUGGAAAAAUACAAAGAGACAAUAGAAGAGCUUAGAUUAGGUAAAGAGAACAUAGCUCAUGAAUUGAAAGCUUCCGUCUGUAAUAUGGAGGAAUUGGAAAGGGAACUCAAAGUUACCGUGGAUAUUAAGAACGAGCUAGAACGUGAAAAUACUGAUUUGAUUAAAGAAAACGAACAAUAUCAGGCAGAUUUGAUUAGGUUGAAAGCAACCGCCGAUGAUUCGAAAAGAGAAGAGAACGAUUUGUUGGAACAACUUCGGGAAACAUUGGAAAAAGUUAACAUAGAGAGAAACGAUUUGGAAUAUGAUUUAUUUAAUAUGAGGAAAGAACUGGACAAUGCUUUGCACGAGGCAAAUCUGAGGCAAGAUUUGGUAGCUCGAUUGACCCAAGAAAAUGACAAAUUUGUCAAAGAAAAUGCAUUCCUGUUAGAUCAAUUGACGGCCACUCAAGUAGAAUCCCAAGAGAAGAUAGAACUGUUGAACACAGAAAAAUCUUUGCUAGAAGAGGAACAAUCGGAACUUCAAAUGGAAGUAAGCAAGUAUGAAAUAACAAACGAUUCGAUAAAAUCUCAAUUGGAAAUUGCCAAAAAUGAAAUGAACGAGCUUAGUGCGGAGAAUAUUGUUCUACGUAGUAAAUUAGAGGAAAUUAGAGAAUUGGAAGAAAAAUUCAAUGAAGAAAAAGCUGCUGCCAAUGAGUUGUUGCAAAACAAAUUUAUGGAAACCGAAGCGGAAUUGAAUAAUUUGCGUUUGAAAGAAAAAGAGAUUGCCGAAAAGGAAUUAAAUUUAAUGCGAAGCCAAUUAAUGGAAACUGAAACCGAAUUAAAUAAUUUACGAUCGAAGAAAAAAGAGGAUCACGACGAGAUCGAAGUCUUGAGAAGAACUAUAACGGAUUUGAAUGAUCAAAUUCGUUUGUCCGAAGAAAAAUAUAAGCAUUUGGAAUCUGAAACGAAAGAAAAUUCCUUUGAAAAGGAAAAACAAAAGUUUGUCGAUAGUUUGGAAGAAAAGAGUCGAGAAAAUGAAGAACUAAAAGAUAUAAAUAAUAAAUUAACGACAGAAAUAGCGGAAAUGAAAAAUCAAUUAGAGUCUAUCACCGAGUCUAAUAAAGAAAAUGUUUCUAUGGCUAAAGAGACCAUAGAAAGUUUGUCGAAUCUUAUCAAAGAGAAGGACAAUGAAAUAGAAUCUUUGAAGAUGAACAAUGAAGCUAACGCAGUUGAUUCGAACGAUUUUCUUACUCUUAAAAAUGAAAGGGACGAGCUCGUAAGAUUGGUUCAAAUAAAACACAACGAGAGUAUUCAGUAUCACGGUGAAAUUCAAAGAUUAACUCAACUCUUGAACGAGCAAGUGUCUCAAGCUCGAAAUUUGUCGAUUGAGCAAAAUAAAAUGGCUAAUUUGUUAAAUGACAAAGACAAAGAACUUGCAGAAGCUAGAAACGAAUUGAAAAUUCAACUAGAACGAUUAGAAAAUAUUCAAAAUGUCGAUGAUAAAGGAGAAAUUUGUAGAAUCCCGGGUCAUUUGACUCAAUUACAGGAAAUGGACAUUCUUAAUGAUAAAUGUAAUGCAUUGGAAGCUGCCUUGAUUCAAGAACAAUCCAACAAUAGAAUGUUACAAAAUCAAUAUGACGAAAGUCAAAGUAAAUUAAUGAAUUCGGCCAAAGAAAUAGACAGACUUAGGACGCAUUUAAUAACAAUCGAAAACAGUUACACGGAAGAAACUUUGAGGGUCGAGGAUAUGCGUAAAGAAUUGGAAAUAAAAUUACUGCAAACCGAAGAGAAGCUUAAAAAUUCAUCAACCGUGUACACCUCCGCGAGCGUAAGGGCGAAUCAAGAAAUAGAAACUUUGCAACAACAAAUGUUGCUUAUAGUCCAACAAAGAGACGACAUACAAAACAAAUUGUCUAUGGCGGAGGAUAAAGUUUUGUCGCAGACCGCUGCUCUGACUAAUUUGCAAAUAGUUUUAGAACAAUUCCAAAGAGAAAAAGAAAGGGAUAUCAAAAGAGUUACGGAAAAAUUACAAAUGCAACUUCGAGAGUCCCAUGAAAAACAAGACGAAUUAUUAAAUGAAAUCUCCUGUCUCAAGGAACAAUUAGUGGAAGCUCAGGAAUAUUUGCUAGCAGCGUCUAGAUUAAGCGAACAACUGGAUAAGAAAACGGAAAGAAUAGAUCAAUUAAAUCGAGAAGUUGAAAGAUUAAUGGAAUUGGAAAAUACCGCUGAACGAAGAAUAGAAGAAGCAACGCAAAGUGGAGUAGGAAAAGUUGACAAGAAUCUUAUUAAAAAUCUCUUGCUUGGAUAUUUGUCGUCGUCAGCAGCAGACAAAUCAUCUGUUCUGAGAGUAAUUGCCACGGUAUUAGAUUUUACAGAAAAUGAUAGAGACAAAGCUGGUAUUAAUAAUGUAGUUGCAAAUAACAGUUGGUUUUCGCGUUUUGGUGGAACUGGUACUCCAACUAAGGAUCAAGAAGCUUCACUGUCAGCUGCAUUUGUAAGAUUUUUAGAAAGUGAAUCUAAACCGAAACCUCAAUUACCUGCUUUGCCAAUAUCAUCGUCGUCCUCACCUCGACCAACACAUAGCAGACAACAUUCAACUUCUUCUAACCAUUCAACAUUAUUGCUUUCCAAUGUUACAUUACCAACAUUCCCCGACUUUGUUCCAGCAAGAAAUACAGGAUCCAUUCUGAAAGAAGUAUUAAAAGACAGCUGAUAUUAAAGUUAUCUAUGCAGUAGUAAUAUAUACACUGCAAAAACAGCAUUGCAUUGUAAAAUUAAAGGAAAAAAAUACAAGCUAUAAAAUAUCUUAUCUAUUAUCGAGCCUAACUUUUUAUUCGGACAUUGAUAUAUUGUAAUAUAAUUGUGCUCUAAAAAGGAAAGAAAAAGAAAAAAAAAUAAGGAAAGAUAAACUGCCUUAGUAUGUUUGUGCUGCAUUUAUCGAUAGCUUGAUCAAAUCAAUUCCUAUAAUCUAAGUGGAGGAAAAAUAUUAUACUUUAACGAAGGAUUUUCCAUUUGUGAUGCGAGAUUCUUUCUAUGGAAAAAAAAAUAAGCAAUAAAAAGUAAAAAACUUAUAUAUGUUGAAAAUAUUUUUAAGGAGACGCCGAAAACAAUUGUUCUUAAUUGAUUUAUAUUCGUAUAAGAACAAUAUUCAUUAAUUUAAAUUUCCAAAUUAUUUCUAUUAAAUAAUCAUAAGCUUGUAUAAAUUUUAAUCGUAUCAAUUAAAAUGAAUAUAAUUAUUUAAAGUGUCUCCUAAUGUAAUAUGAUACUCGAUUUACUUUAUUUAAUAUUAAAUUUGAUUGCAUGUUGUACAUAAAGACUACGUUGUUGAAAUUGCACAUAUAUUAAGAAAAAGAGAAAGAAAAGAAAGAACAAUAAAUAUAUUUUGUUGUCUUACAUACCUUUUCGUUGUCCUCAACAAUAAACAAUAAAACUUUGUAUGUAUUUGUUAAUAUAAUAAAUUAUGUUAAUGUAUUUGAUAAAGUAACUAAAUGUAAGACUGUAACAUAUCGAGUCGAGUGUGAAGUAUGUAUUAAAUUUUGUCGAAUAAAAAAGCGCGCUUAGAAAAAUGCGCGUCAUGGAUAUUCAAAACUA